UGACUCCAUAUUGCCAUAGUAAAUUCUGAAUAUUCAUAUAAUCCAUUGUGUUUAGAUACUUCUACACAAGCUUUAAUUUAAAAAUCUUUAUUUUCAACACAUUAAGCUAUAUUUUUGAUAAAGAAAUCAUUAAGAUCUUCUGAAAGAUUAAGACAAAAAAUCCCUAUUUCUUAAUUAUCUAAAUAUACAUAAAAAGAAUACUUGAAACUAUCAGUUUGUAUCUAAAAACAGGCUAAAAAUGGACUAUUUUUCUUUUUUUGGAAAUUGUUAAACAUACUCGAAAAGUCUUUAUUGAUUAAAUCAAAGUUGAUAUCUUCAUAUUAAAAAAUUUCAAAAUUUUCUUGAUAUUUUUCACUUAUUUCGCGAAAUUUCUGCUCUAUUUAGUCAUUAUUAUUUUCCAUUUCUGCAUAUAAAUGCUCUAAACUCAAUAGAAUGUAAAAAAUACGUUCUAUACUUCCGAAAUCGACUUCCAUUUCUUACUUUUCCUCAAAAACAAUAGGAAAAAUCAUCAAUAUAUAUUUACAAUAUCCUUCAUAUUAUUAAAUAAUUUCUCUAGAUUAAAUAUUUAAAACUACUGGAUAUACAUUAGCCUCUUCACAAGAGAAAAUAAAAGUAAAAAACUGAACAAAACUUUAUAAAUUUUCCUCUUUUUCUUCACUUAAGUCUUCAAAAUAAUAAAAAUUUAUCAUAUUUUAGCCUAAACAUACUUCUAAAAGUUAAAAUCCGAAUUCAUUUAGAUUUUAAAAAGGAUAAAAAAGUCUUACUUAAUUAUCUAUUUGGGGCUAUUUGGUUAUAUUGUAGUAAAAUUAGUGUAUAUUUUGCAUAAAGGAUUCUAUUUUUUAAUUUUGGUUUUCUUCUGAUUAUUCUUCUUCUUCAUUUUCAAAUUAAUAAAAAAGUUCUAGUAAAGCCUAUGAUUAUUCAAAAUCGAAAAAAAACAAGAAUUUAAUUAUAUAAAUUCCUCAUACAAUGUUACUAAAGAAUCAAAAUUAUCGAAUUUUUAGAAAUUUAUUUUAUUCUGACGAGAAAAACGGGUUGAUUUAAUAUAUUCAUUUGUUUUUUAUAUUAACUUUUCCUAUAAUUUUCUUUAUUCUUCUUCAUUUUCUUCAUUUUAGAAUUCAAUGUCUUAAAUUUCUUAUAAUUCUUCUUAUUUUUAUUCAAGAUGAUUAUUUUAUUAACUUUUCUUUUAUUCUUAAUUUAUAUUAUUAAUGUUAUUAUUAUCUUCUAGUAUUUCCUCUAUUUCUUCAAAAAAAUCGAAUUCUUUUGAAUAAUUUUAUUUUUAGGUAAAUUAUUAUUAUUAUUAU